GGAGAUCAGCGCAGCAGAUUCAAGAUGAGGAACAUCUGCAUCUUUUUCUUCCUGCUACUCGCCUUCCAUCUUGCCUGUGCGCAGCUGUCGGGCCUCAGACAGAGAACGUUUUCUUACUACAAUCAUAUGGAGACAUGGAGAGAAGCCCAGUCUUUCUGCAGGGAGAAACACGACGAUCUGAUCACAAUCAGAAAUCAAACGGAAAUCUGGGAGUUCUACAAGUACCAAGGCUGGCUUGGACUGUACCGAGACGAUGACACGAGCCCAUGGAAGUGGUCCAAACAAGACAAAAUAGCAACCUUCUUCAACUGGGACUUCAACGAACCAGACUCAAACCAACACUGCGCUUAUAAGGUGUCAUUCACCAAUGAGUGGAGGAAUGAUGGGUGUGAUCAGAGACACAUGUUCAUGUGUUAUGAUGAGUCACUGACCCUGGUGAAGGAGAAUAAAACAUGGGACGAGGCGUUGGAGUACUGCAGGACCCUGAACAAGGCCAACAGCUACGACCUGGCAACCCUCAUCACAGACGACGACCACGACUUUGCACAACAGAAAGCCCACCUGGCAACCACUGAGGAGGUGGGUCGCUGUUUACACUCUGGUGUUCUUUACCAACUCAUCCUAAGUGUUCGUGUUGACCUCCCUGCUACAUGUCGGUAGAUGUGGACGGGCCUGCGUUACCUUGGUGAUGAGUGGUUCUGGGUGGGUGGAGAACCGGUGCAGUACCAGAACAUUCCAAGUUGCCCGGCUGAGAGGUGUGGAGUCCUGGAGAAGAACAGGAACUCAUCCUUUGGGAUCAGAGGCUGCAAUGAGAGGAGGAACUUCUUCUGUUACAUAAAACCUUAAAUAUACAUACAGUUAACCUUCACCUCAUUAAUCCUGUUGUUAAAUAUAAUUAUGAUCUUUUACAAACUCUACUGUCUUUUAUAGGUUAAAUCUAUUCAAACAUAGAUGAAGAUUAGCAUAAGCUAUUAUGAAUCAUUUUUGACCCAUUUGCUGAUUUGUUGUUUUCUUUCCAUUUGUCAAAUCUGCAGCUGGAAGUAACCAACACAAUUCACUUAAAUGACUUUAGAGCUGUAGUAGGUAACUUUUAGAAAAUAUUUGCUUUUUACAUAUUUGUUAUAACUGGCACUUUGUCAUGACAGUAAA